AUGGUUUACAGUAAGCCCAAUUCGUCUACUGGCGCCAUGAAGCGUUCAGCUUCGGCCCUUCACGAAAGCGCACCUGGUUGGGAUGUUCCUCCUCCCAUGAUGGCCCCAGCGCGCUCCCCAUCCUUCCGUAUGCCCUAUGCGCACUACGCUCUGAUCUAUCUCGACAACGAGGGCAAGCUCAAGGUCGAAGAGUCUGCCUCAAUUCAAGAACAAAACUCCACGAUUUUCACCCCAGAGGUCCGCCAGAACUUCCUCGAGAUCCUCGGGGAACGUAUUGGUUACCAGCCGCCCAUGCGCCGCACUCUGAACGCUUCUCCUCGCCGUGUCCGCCGCCGUGGUAAUGCUCCAUCCUCUGAAGACCGUCUGGCAGAGGCCGGGUCAGACAGUGAUGACUGCUCCCCUAAUGGAUCCAACGAAAUGGUUCCCCUGCGUAUCGGAGAUACUGCUAAGGUCUUGACCUACUACGAAGGUGCCCUUAAGCACUUCCAGCAGCUUAACUGCCGCAUGGUCGCCAAGGCCUUUAUCAAGUUCAUUGAGCCCCGCAAACAAGUCCGACACCCGUACAACGGUGGCAAGCCCCCAGCAGGCUCUGCUCCAGGUACGACUGGUGACCCUGAGAAGACCAAGCCCGAGUGGUGGCCCCCGGGUGUUAUGCACAAGGAGCCUGACCACCUGCGUAAAGAGUACCGCAUUGAACUCCUGCUUCACAUCAUUCGUAAACUUGGAGGCUACGGCGUUACCGCUGACAAGCUGAAGGAGGUCGCUGGCGACACCAAGCGCAGUCUCAAGCAUGCCUCGCAUGUGGAUAUCAUCUAUGAGAUCCUCCGUGUGCGCAAGAUGGAGGAGCGUUUUGAGCGCGGAGAAGUUGAUGCGAACAUAGUUGUCUACGUGAUGAACCGAGGACCCAGCCCCAAGGGUGACGAUGAAGAGGAAUCCAACGAGACUACCACUAUUUCUUCCAUGCCCACUGUUGAAGUCCCCGAACCCAUCGAAGAAGGCCUCCUCACCCCGACCUCCUCGAUUGAGCAAAUCACAGCUCCUUUGACCACCCCCAUCGACACAAUGGCUAUGGUACCAACACGGUCUCUCCCAACAAGCUUCUCCAUUCCUCAGCCUCUCAGCUUCGACGGCCCCCGACAAGACCGAUCUUACUACGCCACGCCUCCUCAUUACACAGACUCCUUCUCUCAACCGAUGCUCAGCGCGCCCGUAACCGCAGAGAUGAUCAGCCCCCACGACAUCUCGGUCUUCGACUACCCAACCUCCCACUUUCCGACAUCAACACCAGACCAGAAGUUCGACGGUUGGGCGCCUACCUUCCGCCAGACUCUGUUCAGCCCUGUGGACUACAAUGCUCCCUCUGUGACCCACGGUCUGCCACAGCCUGGCAUGCAAUACCAUAUGCCCAUGGCCUCGCCAGCUCAACUCCACGACAUGUCUCAUCCUCACGCCCACUCGCCAAUGGACGCCAUGAGCCAACGGGCACUGCCCUUCCGUACUGGCUCGCUGGGCCACCCGCAUGAGCUGCCUCUCUCCCACCCUGCCUAA